AUGGAAGGCUUCUCCUGGGUCCCUCAACGGCAUGCUGCUGCUGUUGCAGCCGACGACGAUGACGACGACGACGACGGCGAAGACGACGACGACGGCGACGGCGAAGACGACGACGACGACGACGGCGACGACGACGGCGCACAGCGGCAAUCCAGCGCGGCACCCCCGCGCUCGUUCCACAUAUCACAAGCCGCUUCUGUCAAGAGAUUUUCCCCCAAAAAGAAAGACGACUAA